UAACAGACUUCUCUCAGUAAAAUGCAGUUUUACACGACCAUGCCACAUGCACAUCAGUCACAAAAAUCAGAGGCUACAGUCCCAAUGGAUCCUGGAAAUCAGUUCAAAUGCCUCAACGCAGACAAGCAGCAGUUGGAGAACUCCAAGCAAACUGAAUGGAUUGGCAUGGGGAGAAGCGGCACUCUCAACCUGGCUAAGCGGCAGCUUUGGAACUGGAUUUGUCUUUUAAUGGUUUCCAUGUCCUUGUUACUCCGACCAGUGUGCUGCCAAACAUGUCGUAUUCAACGCUGUAAUGCGGAGUACGUGGCUUCCUUUUCACCCUCCGGUGGUCUGCAAGAAGAGGUGCUCCCAGAUGUGGACUACUGCAUCGCUCUGAGGGCCUAUUCCUUGUGUACUCGCCGCACUGCUCGUAGCUGUAGAGGAGACUUGGUGUACCACUCUGCUGUAUUUCGUAUUAAAGAUCUUUUUGCACAGCAUAACUGCUCCAGCGAUGGCCCUACGUCAUCGGCCAAAGUGCCCAGCACAUCCAGGCCGCCCGUGGUGGAUGUGUGCAACUAUGAAAGUCGGGUGCUUGCCUUGGGCCCUGCUGCCCAACAGAAAAAGUAUGGACAUUGUGGAUUAUUCGGAGAUCCUCACUUGCGGACUUUUCGGGAUGAGUUCCAGACAUGUAGGGUUGAGGGAGCCUGGCCACUCAUCCACAACCGGUACCUUUCAGUUCAAGUCACAAAUGUACCAGUCGUUGAAGGCUCCAGUGCCACAGCAACCAACAAGAUAACAGUCAUCUUCAAGUCCUAUCAUGACUGCACUGAGCAGAAGGUCUACCAGGCCACAACCGAGGAUCUGCCAUCUGCAUUCCAGGAUGGUACGCGUAGUGGUGGGAAAGGAGACAAUCUGUGGAUAGUGGAGGGUAGCGGAGGUCUGGGGAUCCGGCAGGUGAAGAUCCACGCUCGCUAUCUGGGCACGUCCAUCAUUGUACGUCAGGUGGGUCGCUACCUGACCUUCGCGAUUCGCAUGCCUGAGGACUUAGCGGAGGAGAACGGGGGCCUGCAGCUGUGCCUGCAUGGCUGUCCACGCAGUGAGGUCAUCAAGGCCCACAUACUGAACCGCCAACAGAGUCUUCGUCCGCCGCGACUCAUGGGUGAGUGGUAUGGGGAGGAGGAUCCUGGCGAGCUGCAGCCAGGCCCCUCGGCACAUAUGGACAUGUUGGAACGUGCCACCACUAAGUGUCGAGAGAUGCUACAGGUGGAGGAUGUUUACUUCCAAUCGUGUGUAUUUGAUCUUCUCACGACAGGUGACCCGGAAUUCUCCAAGGCCGCAUAUGGUGCCCUAGAGGACCUUAAGGCACUUCCACCCAGCACUCUGAAACAGAGUUCACCCAGGACUCCACCUGUUUUUAACAAAGGAGCAGUUGUUAUACCCUCUGUAUUUGUUGCUCUGCUACUACUUCUGUUGCUGAACUGAAAGAGCUGGUCAAGAUGGCAAAUUGAUGAUCGAUAUCCACCAAGGGACUGUCCUUCAGCUUUAAAGUCCUCCUGGUUAUUUCUCUUGCUUUAAAGGAUAGUUCCGCCAAAAUUUUGUGUUUUACACUUAAAGCUGUCCAUCAGUCAAAAAAAAAAAUGAAACCAGCACUUGCGUGCAACCUGAAAAUGGGCCCAAGUCAUCGUACUUCCAUUUAAACCUGCUGUGUUUUAUUCUUCAAAAUGGGAUAACAGCAAAACACUACAGGCUUUCCGAAUAUGAAAUCAACAGAGGGGCUUUAGUCUGGAAACGAUGAAGUCAGCUAAUCUGCAUAUCACUUAGAUUAUUAUAGAUUAAGCUCUCAGCAGUGGAGACCUUCAAUAAGGACUUCGCUAAUGGGUGAAAGAAAUAUUGCGAGACAGUGCAAGAAGGUUUAUUAUCGUAAAGGACAGGUAGGGUGCUUAGGUGCACUUCAAACUGUCUACUCUGAUAUACCAACCGCAGCACUGAGGUUCACUGACAAUGUUUGUCAUCUACACGGGAUCCAACAACUACAUGAAAUGCUACCUACCCAUAAAUAUUUUGGUUCUGGGUUGAUAAAAUCCAUACAUAAAGCUGCACAGGUACAGUCAUGUUGACCAGACAGAAAGAAAUAAAAAACUUCAAGCUGCUCUGUGUAUUAAGGUUAAAAAAGAAACAAAAAAAAUGUAUUGUUUUUAUAUAAUAAUAUAUUGAAAGAGUGUAUAUAUGUGUUUUAUAAUGUGUACAUUUACCUGUGUAUAGAUGAUAAUGUUUUAAAUGUGAUAUGUUUUGAAGCUGUUUCACCUAGCUAGAUAUUUUUGUUUAGUUUGUAUAAGACAACUAAUCUGUGUUUUAUUGUGUAAUCUGUUGUUUUUCCAUAUAAAAAAAAACAAACAA